AUGGUAGCUGUUCCAGGCCUGGGUUGGCCUGGCCUGCUCAUGUUGCUGCUGACUACUGUGGCCUCCACUCAGAGCCAAGGCUGUCCCCAGCGCUGUGAGUGCAUGGCCAAGCUCAAGUCUGUGGCAUGCCACGGCAAGCGCCUGUCUGCCCUCCCCGACGGCAUCUGCUCGGACACACGCCUGCUGGACCUGAGUGGGAACAGGCUUCGCUGGGUGGAGCAUGGCGACCUCCUCUCCUACCCUCGGCUGGAGGAGCUGGACCUGAGUGAGAACAUUAUCAGCGUCCUGGAGCCCAACGCCUUCUCCAGCCUGCAGAACCUGAGGGUGCUGUCGCUGAGGGGGAAUCAGCUCAAACUGGUCCCCAUGGGCGCAUUCUCACGCCUCACCAACCUCACCACGCUGGACCUGAGCGGGAACAAGAUUGUCAUCCUGUUGGACUUCACCUUCCAGGACCUGAAGAGCCUGAGGAACCUGGAGGUUGGUGACAACGACCUAGUCUACAUCUCCAACAAGGCCUUCCUGGGCCUGGUGGGGCUGAGGGAGCUCACCAUUGAGAGGUGUAACCUGACCUCCAUCUCCAGCCAGUCUCUAUCCUACCUCCGCAGCCUGGUCACUCUGCGCCUGCGCUACCUCAGCAUCUCCUCCCUGGAGGACCAGAACUUCCGUAAACUGGGCGGGCUGCGGGGGCUGGAGAUCGACCACUGGCCUUUCCUGGAGCACAUCUCCCCCCACAGCCUCCAGGGCCUUAACCUGUUCUGGUUGUCAAUCACCAACACCAACAUCACCUCCGUGCCCACGGCCGCCCUGCGCAGCCUGGCCCUCCUCACCAGCCUCAAUCUCUCAUACAACCCUAUCUCCGUUCUGGAGUCUUGGGCCCUGAGGGACUUGGUCCGUCUGAAGGAGCUGCACCUGGUUAACACCAACCUGAUGACGGUGCAGUCGUACGCCCUCGGCGGCCUUCGGCAGAUCCGCCUGCUCAACCUGUCCACUAACGCCCUGGUAACCCUGGAGGAGGGCGCCUUCCAGUCCGUCAACACCCUGGAGACGCUGCGUGUGGACGGGAACCCUCUGUCCUGUGACUGCCGCCUGCUCUGGAUCCUCCAGCGCAGGAAGACCCUCAACUUUGAAGGGAAGUCCCCAGUGUGUGCGGGCCCAUUGGAGGUGCAGGGCAGGGCCCUCAGCGCCUUCUCAGACUCUGCCCUCUUCGACCACUUUACCUGCCAGAAGCCCAAGAUACGCAACAGGAAGCUGCAGCCAGUGACUGCCAGGGAGGGCCAGGUAGUGUCCUUUGUGUGCCAGGCGGAGGGUGAGCCCACACCUAUCAUCUUCUGGGUAUCUCCCCAGCGCCGCCGGAUCACUACCAAGAGUACUGGACGUGUCACUGUCCUACCCGAGGGAACGCUGGAGAUCCGCUACGCCCAGAUGACCGACAGCGGCACCUACAUCUGCAUCGCCAGCAAUGCUGGGGGCAACGCCACCUACUUUGCCACGCUGACCGUGAGCGCGCUGCCUCUAGACGCGGCACUCAUGGCCAACCGCACAUACUACACAGGUGACCUCAACGAGACCAAUCUGAACGACACCAAGGUCUUCCUCAAGUUCACCUUGGACCUCAAGACACUCCUGAUAUCCACAGCCAUGGGGUGUUGCUUGUUCCUUGGGGUGGUGGUUUUCUGUUUCCUGAUGCUGUUCGCAUGGAGCCGGGGUCGGGGACAGCACAAGAAUAACUUCUCAGUUGAGUACUCUUUCAGAAAGGUGGAUGGCCCUGCUGCCAGCGGCGGACAAGGAGGGGCCCGCAAGUUCAACAUGAAGAUGAUUUGA